AUGGUGGCCGUGUUGUUGCAGUGCACCCAUGUACCAAUACGCGUGAAGUGCACGACAUUCAGACGUGCUGGCGUGUGCUCGUGGUGCCGAGCUCCCCACUUCACCUCUUCUCCGUCCCUCCUCCUUGGGGGGAGGGGGUGCCUCCUUCUUGGGCUGUCGCCCAGUUUGCACUCUCCCUUUGCACCACCUCUCCCAACUUCUUCCCCUGCCCCGUUUCCCAGUCGUGAUAGCUGUGUAUCUGCGUUUUGCCUUCCGUUUCGAUGUUCGUUUCACGGCAAACGCAUCGCCUAUGUGAGUGCUACCGGUUUUGCACUGAUCUCGUUUGCAGCGCUGCACGUGCUUUUCUACCGCUUGCGCUCGUUCCUGCCGUCUCUUGCGCACACGAUUCUCUUGUUCUUGACCCUUUUUCGUUGA